AUAGUUACUGUUUGUCUGAAAGCUGGUUUGGAGACAAUGUCUUGGAAUAAAUUUAGUCAUAUAGCAAUUUGGGGAAGCAUAAUAAUAUGGCUGGCAUUUUUUGCAAUUUACUGUUUCAUUUGGCCCACCAUUCCUCUUGCUUCCGAUAUGACAUGACAGGUUAGUUUUACUGUCAUUGGUCACUAUGGUGAUGGCUUGUCCACACUUCUGGCUGGGUUUUUUCAUAGUCCCUACUGCAUGCCUAAUUCAAAAUGUAUUAUUGAAAACGAUUAAAAAUACCAUCAACAGAAGUUUACUAGAGCAGGUUCGAAAGAUGGAAAGCAGCCGAGUUCAAGAAACUGAUGUUCCUAGAACGGUCAGACGGAGGGUGGAGGCAAAAAAUACCCUAAUGUCCCAGAACUGCGGGGUCUUCUUCCACAACAGUUCUGUUGAUACUAGUGCCCCACAUGGAUAUGCAUUUUCUCAAAUAGAAGGCACCAAAAUGACUCAAGAAGAACUAGUUCGUUCUUAUAACACUGCUGAAAUCAAAAAAUGAGAAGAAUCUAAGAAAGACCAUUUCUGAGUACUGCUGGCUGUAAGGUUCGGAUCAUUGUGUUCUGUAUGCUCACAUCCUUCCCUGAGACUACCAGUAUUCAGGAGUACAAGCCAGCACUCCUGAACACUCCUUCCUGUAUCUCUGGGAAAUCUGUAAUUUAUGUAUUUGAUUGGGUCACAAUCCUUAGGUAUAAAU